AUGGCAGGAAACAGACCCGUACGCAUUGUUCAGGAGCCCGUAACCUUCACUUGUGCUUUAUUUGACAGUGAAGACGGGGUAAGAUGGUAUUGCAACCAUUGUCAGGAGAAUUUAUGUGACCGGUGUAAGGAAUUCCAUCAACGAGGAAAGAAAACUCAAAACGACGACGUCGUACCGAUAGGAGAGGCUAACCGUCAGGGCGACAAGCCUGUACCACAGGUAUGUAAAAUCCAUCCCGGUAAACUGUAUGAUCUUUUCUGCUCGGAUUGCGAUGCGUUGCUUUGUUUAAUAUGUUUAUCUAAAAAUCAUAAACACCACAACUGGAAACUUUUGGAAGACGAACUGUCUGUCAGAAAGGAACAUUUUAAGAAACAUAAGACAACGAUAGCUGAUAAAAUAGCACAUUUCAAGAACGUGACGUCAGAGCGACAACGCGUGAACAAAACGUUCAAAGACAACAUUGAUACAACGAGGAAAGAGGUAAACUCUCAGAGGACUAAGUUAAAGGCAGAAGUAGAUUCUAUCGCGGAAGCAGUGCUGACCGAUUUAGCAUCUUUAGAAAAAGAGGAAUCACUGCUGUACAAGAACGAUAUUAAAAAUUUAGAGAAAAAUGUCGAAGAGCUGACGUGUCUGCUUGAAAAGGCGGAAGUGAUUGAUACAUCUAGUGUAUUUAUUUUUCAAACAGAAAUGUCAUUGAGGAAAACUUUGCCCCUGUAUGACGUUGAGGUGAAAUUCGGGCUACCGAAACAACCAAGCUUUGUUACCGGAAGUAUCGACCACGUUCUGUUGACGAAAAUGUUAGGGGAAUUGCACGAGUACGAGAAGAUAAAAAUCGACAGUAAUAACGUUCAACGUCUUUCUAGGUUUACUGUUACUCAGCUAAAGAAAAUAUCAAGCAUCUCUCCUGUUGACGACAGGCACGCGUGGUUAUCAAUAGACCAUAACCGGGGUCUUGUACUGGUCAACAGGGAGGGUGUGGUCAAAGAGACAGUUAAACUGGACUUCUGUCCGUACCGAACCACCAGUGUCGGAACAACAGACAUACUUAUGACCAGUAAUCCACCUAGUACAUUUGUAUAUAAAAUAUCACUAAACAACAAACUAUUGACAACAUUUGCUGACAUCAGACCACAUAAAGCAUAUGACAUCAGCAUCAACGAGAAGGACGAGGUGUUUGUUAGUACAGGUACACCAGUCAUAGUGGUUCUGAAUCAUUCAGGUACGAUUGUGAGGAAGGUGCCGUGUGGAACGGAUGGGAAGUGUAUUACAUGUUUGUCGUCAGGAAACAUUGCAGUGUCAGACCAUUUUGAUAUAUCAAUCAUAACAGACAGUUUUGGUACAACCAAAUACAAAUGGUCUGGUGAAAACAACAGCAGUUCAAAGCCAAUUAUUAGGAACCUGUUUAAGAUGUCACGUGACAAGUACGACAGACUGUUUGUACCAGACUCCUACAACAAUCAGGUUUAUGUCCUACCGGGAGAUAGUACACAAGCCACGUGUCUCAUUAAUUGGACAUUCCUUAAGGUGAAUGAACCUACAGCGGUGGGUGUGGACACGUGUGGGAACGUAUGGAUCGGGUGCGUGAACGGUAAGGUACACGUGAUCAAACUGUAA